GCUUCUCACUUUCCGUGUCGCUGUCUGUGCUUCAUCAAACACAUCUGUUGCUCUAAGAAAACCAAAGUUCGCUGGAAUCGUUGCUCUUUAGGACUUGCAAGUCAUCCACGGUGCUGCCUCGUGUCCUCUCGACUGCGCACAAGAUGUCUAAACUCGAGGCAGGACUCGGAAGCUCAAGCGCUCAAGUCGCUGCAAACGCACGCGUUGAACACGCGAGUAACUCAUCUUCAAAUUUGGGGAGCCUCUCCAUCUUCGUAUACUAGCUUUCGGUACCCGGCGAACUUCCUAGUUACGACAUGUCUCGCCAUUCGAAACGCUCGCCGUCAUGUACGAUCGUGAUCAAGCUUGGCACGUCUUCCAUUGUACAUGAAGAAACACAUCAGCCCCUCCUCUCCAUCCUUUCCUCCGUCGUCGAGACCGUCGUGCAUCUCCGUAGCCAAGGGCACAAGGUUGUCCUCGUCAGCUCGGGCGCCAUUGGCGUCGGCCUGAGGACCGUCAACAUGCCGCAGAGGCCAAAGAGCUUGUCUGCCAAGCAGGCAUUAGCUGCGAUUGGGCAAGGGCGGCUGAUUGCGCUUUGGGACAACUUGUUUGGCCAGUUUGAUCAGAGAACUGCGCAGAUUCUGUUGACGAGAGGAGAUAUAUCGGACCGCACGCGGUAUCUGAACGCGGUGAAUACCUUCAAAGAGCUGCUCUCGAUGGGUGUUGUGCCCAUCGUGAAUGAAAACGACACUAUCUCUGUAUCCGAAAUCAAAUUCGGCGACAAUGAUACGCUCUCAGCCAUCACCUCGUCCAUGAUACACGCUGACUACCUAUUCCUGCUCACCGACGUCGACGGCCUUUAUACAUCAAACCCCCGGAAAGACCUAAACGCAAGAAAGAUUGACACAGUCACGUCUGUUACUGACAUCCGUGCCGAGGUCAGCACCGCAACGCUAGGCUCAAGCCUGGGCACAGGCGGAAUGGAGACCAAGCUCAUCGCCGCUGAAAUCGCUACCGCAGCCGGCGUAACAACCGUAAUAGCAUCCAGCAAAUCCCCCUCGACAAUCCUCGACAUCAUCGAGUACUACACCGCCCUCCGCGUCUCUGCGCCCUCCGGCUCCGGCACCUCCUCCCCCCACCUGGGCAGCUCGAGCGCACUGGCAGCGACCAACGUCGUCGACCUCGCCGUAGCAGCCGCAGCAGCCGCAGCCGAACCGCGCACACGCCCGCCGCACACGGUGUUCCGCCCCUCGGCGCUCCCGAUGCGCGAUCUGAAAGCGUGGACGAGCCACACGCUCUAUCCCGCCGGCGCCGUGGUCAUCGACAGGGGCGCGCACACUGUGCUCGCGCGCCGCGAGUCGGGCGGGCGGCUGUUGCCUGCGGGUGUCCUUGGUGUGCGGGGGUCGUUUGCGUCGGGGCAGGCUGUGAGGGUUUUGGUGAGGAGGGGUGGGGAGGGCGCUGUCGGAGUCGGAGUUAGUGAGGAUGCUGAGGGCGGGGAUUCGCCGGCGGUGCCGGGGACGCCGACGUCUGCGUCUGCAAGGGGGCGCGGGGUGGGGAUGGGCGAGGGGGCGCUGUCGCGCGCGGGGUCGAGCUCGAGUCUGGAUGGGAUGGCUGAUGGGGGUGCGGUGCCGGAUGAUGACGAUGCGACGGUGAUGGAGGAGGCGGACGAGACGGGGGAGUGGGAUGUGGUUGAGGUUGGGCGGGGGCUUGCGAAUUAUAAUUCAGCGCAGAUCUUCAAGGUGAAAGGUCUGAAAAGUUCUCGGAUUCCGCAGCUGCUCGAGUACGCGGACACGGAGUACGUGGUGGAGAACAUUACGAUUAGGGUACCGCCAUCGUAAACACAAGGGACUGGUUGUUCUUGGAGCCGAAUAACGCGCUUUGACUUACAGGAUUUCGUACUAGUGCUUAGGGGCCGUGUAUUCGAGCGCCCCAGACGCUGGAUGCCACUCCUUAGUGACCCUCGUCAUGUGUCCUGAAUAGAAGCAUGAUGAAAGGUAGAACCCGAAUGACCCCAGUUUGAUUGACGCUAGGCGGUUUAACCACUACAGUCCAGUUCAAAGGUCCCUAAACAUAAGCUUGUUUGUAGCGAAUCUAUCCAAUUUCGUUUUGGGCGAUCUUUUGCUUACCAGAUGGCUGACCAGCAUCUACGGUAAGUCUUGAGCUGACGUGAGAACUUUGAUCCUUGGGUGAAAGUCAUGAACCUUCGAAUCCCAUCGACGAAGUGAUGAGUAAGCUCCAGCUGCAGCCAUGUAUAUGCAUCCUUUUCAUUGUAUUGAGUAACUGUGAUCCAUUGGAAUAGUCGUUUAAUAAGGUGUCGCCUGACUUCCGAGUCCCCGCCUGGGCGGUUGUGGCGCUACACGCCAGAUUAGCGCCUCGGGGG